AUUAGUUUCAAUAUACAAUCAGUUGUGGUGAUAUCUAAGGAAUAGAAAAGAAAAAAAAGAUGAGACAAUUUGUCGUUCUAUGUGUUUUGGCAUUGUUCGCUGGUGCAUUUGCUGAUAUUGGACUUGACCUCCAACAUUCUAAUGGAUACAACUAUGAGCCUCCAGAAAAUCCAAUGUACUUGCCACCAAAAGAAGUUGUUGAAGUUGUUGACAGUGCUGAAUGCCCACCUCCACCACCUGCACCUGAAUGUCCAGCUCCACCAGCAUGUCCACCAAUUCCACCACCUGUAACAUGUCCUGCACCACCACCUCCACCAAAAUGUCCCCCACCUCCUGUAUGUCCUCCAGCACCAGUAUGCCCAGAACAACCAGAUAACAGCUAUUUGCCACCAUCAACUGAUUAUCUUCCACCAGGGAGAAAAUUCAAGAAAUUGUUCUAAGCUUUUGGCUAAGCAAACUGUUGCAUGAAGCUCUAUGAGUGUUGAUUGUUGUACAGAUUAUUGUUGAGAUCUAUCAAAAUUUUAUAAUUUAUUACUCAAAAAAAUGCACAAAUAAAUUAGUUUUUUUAAAUUUAUAA